GAGUUUAGUUUCACUGAUCACGGCUGGAUUCACUUUGGCUGUUUGAGUUUCUAUUUUGGAGCCUGAAUUUUCAAUAUGAGCUUUUUAAAGUGUUUGAAAUGCUCAGCACUGCAGUUAGCAUGUUAGCAGUGUUAGCUCUGUCCUGUGUCAUUCACAUUAACAGGCUGACAUGCUACUGUUAGCAUCGGGCAGAUCAAUGCAGCCGCACUUCCUGUUCUGGAAACAAACUGAGAUCAAUGUAGCCUGAGGUGCACACACAUAUACACACACACACACUGAGUGAGGACUGAUCAGGUUUACUGUGUCUGUGAGGACCUUUGUAUCAGCUCGGUCCUCACAGAGACAGUAAGUGAGAGCGGGUGCAGCAGGCUUGAUGCUGAUGUGUGGCGACCGAGCAUCGAUCUACACGGCGAGAGCGAGUGUGACGCUACGAUUCGGUCAGUCGUGGUCGAGGCGUCGUGGUGGGCGGUCGGUGGGCGAUUGGCGGCGUCGUGUUCUGUCUCACCUAACGCUGCUUCUCCUACAGGACUGACAGACCGACCGGAGGGAGGACAAACAUACGCUGGGCCAAGGAUGACGAGCGCGGCGCCGGCCAGGAAGCCGUACCGAAAGGCUCCGCCGCAGCACCGUGAGACGCGCCACGCCCUGCCUGCCGCUCCGCCACCACCUGCGCCACAGCCCGACAUAAACCAGGUAAACAAACACACCCUCAACACCCUUCCACACCUCCCCCACCCCCAUGCUGGCUGCCACCGGCCACACAGCGCCGGGUCGCAGCAUUGCAUCCGGACCUCGCCGCUGCCGCUCUCUGACAGUGAACUGGACGUCUCCAGCAUAUCCAGUCUGGAGCUCUGCAUCACACCCACGCCGCUCUUCAGUGGCCACACCCGACAACCCGACCAGACCAGGACCAUGGCAGUUGGUGUCACGGCGUCAGACCACCACACCAAGAGUCCUUACCGUGAUCCAAGGCCGCAGCAUGCCACGAAGAGCAGCAUCAGCGGAGGAAACGCAAGUCUGUCAGGACAUCGAAGCCCAGCCAGGAGACACUCGCCAGCUUGCAGCCCCAGAGGAGGGCGGCGCCGGACGCAGACCGGCACCCGGACAAGUGGCGUUCCGAAGAGCAUCCUGAAGCAGCCGGCCUCGCUGGCAGUGGAGCACACCUACGACAUCAUGAGAAAGUCCAAGUCGGUGGAGCUGCUGGAUGACAGCGCAGGGCGGGGCUGCCGUCACCCGCCGACCCGCUCUCUGGACCGGGCGGAGCCGCGGGCGGCGCCGGUGUUGCGGCGGUCCUCGGCCCCAUCCUCCCCCUGCAGGAGCAACUGGAACUGGAGGAUGCAGGUUCUGGAGGACAAGGUCCGCUUCUCCAACUUCCUAGAUGAGAUCACCUGUCGGGUCCUGAGCCCCGCCCGCCUCACGCUGCUCGGCAGGUCACCUGCCAGAGAACCUGGAAGCCCUACCCACGAGCGCCGGCGCCACCGCGUAGCUUACAGGAGCCAACAGGUGAAGAGGUCAUCGGACCGUACUCGGCGCUGGGACGGCUGGGUGGCGGCGCUGCGGCGGCCAGACACCUGGUACGAGCCCCUGCAGGAGGAGGCGGCAGGCCGGGAGACCCAGCAGCGGCAAGAUGACAUCACAGAGGGGGCCAGGCCUAAAGAGGAGGUGAACAGGGGAGUACAGAUGGAGGUUCAGGACACAACAGAACCUCAGAGACACAUAACUUCUCUGUCUAAUAUGUCUCUGCUGUCGCACAUAAAGGCUGCCGUCAGUCAAACAUGGGUUCAUGCACUACGGAAGGUGGAGAGGGACAAGAAGACGAUGGACCAGGAGAUUGUGGAGCUCACCAACAAACUGCUGGACGCUAAAAACACCAUCGACCGGCUGGAGGAGCUGAACGAGCGGUACAGACAGGACUGCAACCUGGCAGUGCAGCUGCUCAAAUGCAACAAGUCGCAUUUCAGGAACCACAAGUUCGCUGACUUGCCGUCGGAGCUGCAGGACAUGUUGAACAAACACAUGAAGAGCAGCCUACCUGAGCGAGGCUCCGCCCCCCAGGACCCGGACACGCUCAGUCUGACGCCCGCCGAUGUCGUACCGACCUCCGUCAUCGCUCGCGUCUUGGAGAAACCCGAGCCCCUGGUGCUGAACUCGGCCCAGUCCAGCAGCUGCGGCCGACCCGUCGCCGAAGACGUCUUCGUGCACGUGGACAUGACUGGUUCGGCGAGCGGUGCCGAGGGCCGCGCUGGUCGAGAGAACGGUGGCCGCGAAGCAUCGCAGCAGAACGGCUCGUGUCGCAGUCAGAGCAGCCUGGACGAAGAGGGGGGCGGAGCCUCAUCCUUCGAGAAGCUGAACCCGUACCCGGCUCCGCCCCCGCCUCACCCCCUCUACCCUGGGCGCAAGGUCAUUGAGUUCUCGUCCGAUGACAAAGUCAAGAUCCCCAAAAACUCCCCGCUGCCCAACUGCACCUACGCCACGCGGCAGGCGAUAUCGCUGAGCCUGGUGCAGAACGACGACGAGCGGCUGGCGCCCGGGAGCCCCGCCCCCUCUUCCUCCUCUGGGGGCGGAGCCACCCAGCGCACUCCGCCAUCGCAGCGUGACGCAGCCAGCGAGCCACUGUCCAGCCAGUCUAGCCCGUUCAGCAGCCCGCCACAGGCGCCCAGCGUCAUGGCGAGCUCCGGCAGUUCGGAGGAGGACCUGCUCGCCAACUGGCAGCGCAUGUUCGUGGAGAAGAUGGCGCCGGCGUGCGACGGCUCGCUGGUGCAUCGCACGUCCUUCAGCAGCCAAACGGCACAGGAGCUGCAGCGCCGGAGGCCAGCGGCGGGGGGCGGGGCCUCCUCCUCGGACCACCACCGGGCCGCAUACUCAGACGGCGAGGAGGGCUCGUCGGCGCGGAGCUGGACACCGAGCCGUGGCUCAAGCCUCGACACCGACACCGACACAGAGCCGCGGCCUGGCAGGAGGGGGCGCUAUGACGACGCCUCCCCCGAGGAAGGGGAGGGGCUGCUGAUGAACCUCGAGGAUGACGGUGGCAGCGGCGACACUGCGGUCACCGUGGUAACAGGCCCAGCCAGCACCCGCAGGAAGGACGAGGAAGACGAGGAGGACGAGAGCUCCACCGAGGAGAGAGACGUCCUCCCCCACGACCUGCCCGUCAUCUCGCCCCGCCUCCUCGACUUUGACCCCGCCCUCAACGCCGCCGCGGCCAUGCCGCAGCGUCCGCAGAAGAGCCCGAAGAGGAUGGGCGUGCAUCACCUGCACCGCAAGGACAGCCUGACGCGAGCGCAGGAGCACGGCACGCUGCUCGACUGACACGUCUCCAUGGCAACGGACCUGUCCGUCACUGAGCGACAGGCCACGCCCAUCCAGGAUAUAGCCAUACUCUAACGUAUGCUGCGCAGCCUCAUCUGUGUGUGUGUGUGUGUGUGUGUGUGUGUGUGUGUGUGUGUGUGUGAGAGAGAGGGAAGAGAGCGACAAAUCACAUGGUGUCCAUAUACUUUUGACAUUGUAGUGCACGCUGAGUGCACGUUUACAUACCAGUAUGAAUACAUGUCCAAAAGUAUGUGGACAGCAGAGUUAAAUCAACGUAAUCAGUGUUAAAAUCAGUAUGAACCUUCAGUGAGUCAAUCAAUCAGCUCUAAUGAUGUUGAUCAGCUAGUUGAUUAGUCUCUGUAUCAGUGAUUUAAAUUUCAGUUGGUGUUUAACUUUUACACAAACAGAAACAUUUAUUUUUAUGUCCUAAAAUUAGGUUCUGACAGUGUUUUUACAGAAAAUCUGAAAAUUAUUCAAAAUGCAAACAAAAAAAAACUCCAUAAUGCAAACUACACACUCAGACUGCUGUGUCAGAAUCAGAGAAAACUGAACCUACUAUUUAAAUUAAUACAUAAAAUGUGGAUGUUAGAUUAAAAAAAACAAAAAAACAAAAAAAAAAAAACAGAAAUGCAGAAACAGUUUGUGUGGUAGCAGUGAUCAGGUGUCCACAUAUUUACAUCUACCUGUAUGCGCCUUGUUCAGGUGUCUGCAUACCAACGUAGCGUACAUGUCCAAGAGUAUAACGACCCCUCAUAAGAAGACAACACAUUGGUUAGUAGGAACUAAAAUUAGAAUAAAUAAAUAACCCCUGUGUGUGUGUUUGUGUGUGUGUGUGUGUGUGUGCUUGUGUGUGGUUGUUUUUCUCACAGUCGAAAAAAAGAAACUUACACAAACUGAAAACUUUACGGACGUCUUUGCCUUCUUUCCUGGCCAGGAGCUUUUAUUUGGAUGGUCAGACUUUUAUUUUGACAUGUUAUUUAGUCAGCUGAUUGGUUUGCCCUUUGACCCCCUCCCCCCACUGUGACUGUACCUGUGGGGGCGGGGCCGGGGGAGGAGCUUUUCCACACCUGGAAUGUAACGUUUUUGUUGUUUUUGUUGUUUUGUUUUGUUGUUGUGAAAUCUGAGUGUUGAUCCGUUAUUACAGGAUAAUAUUAUUAUUGUUUAGUUUCAUUGAUUUGUUGUUUUUCUGAUCACUUUGUGUUUUUAUGUUCUUGUCUACGGAGGCCUGUAGGUGCCACAAACGGAGCAAUUAUCACCUUUGAUCAUUUGGUCUCUGUUCAAAGUUUGAAAAAUGUAAAUCUGUUGCCUGCACAAUGAUCAGAAACAGAUGCAGCGCCGCGGCUGCAGCGCCCCCUGCUGCACCGGAGCAGCUCUCGGUUUGUGGCACCUCCGAGCCUCCACACGGUGGCGCUCAGUCUCUUCUUCUCUGACGUCGUAGAUCGAAUGUCGGCUCGUUGCCUCCUCACAGCUCUCUGAUUGUGACUCAACAAGGAUCAGUAAUGGAGUCAUUGAUCCACUGACUGACUGACUGAUUGAAAAUCGAUCAGUGCUUGACGGUUUAGUUCCUCUUCGCACCGGACAGUUUGUUUCCAGGAAGAAGUUUCCCAGUCGUGUUUUCACAGGAGGUGUCCGAGUAUUGACCAGCGUGACGCGCUGAUGCUCGACUGUGUUGAAAGUCUUGAUCACUGAAUGUCUUCUGGUUUCAUUCAGAGUUUAGAUUAAAGCUUCAGUCUGAAGCUGCAACAGAU